AUGACUUCUCGGCCCCAUUAUAAUGCUCAGUGCUCUGAAGAUGAGGAAAUUAGGCGAAUGAUGGACAAUGGUUCCAUCAUGACUCGAUACUCAAGAAAAAAAACUUAUGACGGUCAGUUGAUCAAGAUCAAAUUGGAAACAAAAGAGAUUGUUUGGCCGAGGUCUACUGCUCCCAGAGCUGAAGAAUCUGUUGACCUGAGGGAGGUUAAAGAAAUUAGGAAGAGUAAAAUCUCGAAAGAUUUUGAGAGAGUCCCUGAGGAAGUCAACAAAUUGGACAGAAAUCAAUGCUUGGUCAUCCUCUACGGCAGCAAAUUCAACUUAAAAACAUUAUCUUUACAUGUUCCUCAUCCAUUGAGCACAGAGAAAUGGUUUAAAGGUCUUCAGAGUCUUGUUAAUGAGACUAAAAAAGCAAAGAAUCCUUUGAAAAUUGAAAGGUGGCUUAGGAAAGAAUUCUACAAAAUGGAAAAGAAUGACGGAAUAUGUAUGAAAGAUUUGAAAUACUGGAUACUAAACAACAACAUGAAGAUGACAAACAGCAGACUAAAAGAAAUUUAUCAGGAUAUUGAUCCCGACUUGAAAGAUUUAUCAUUUGAAGGCUUCAAAAUGCUCUAUCAGAAGAUUUUGUUUAUGGUCCUGGAUGACUUUAAAGAAUUUAUGGUGAACGAACAAAAGGUUUGUACAAACAAACAAACAAACAAACAAACACACACACAUAUAUGCACACAUAGAAACACGCUUUCUUACAUAAAGAGACAUCCAUCCAUCCAUCCAUCCAUCCAUCUAUCCACAAUACACAUUCAAGAACUGCUCUCAAGCCAAACAUACUUUUUUAUCACGCAGUUCUGUGACUACUUAUUCUCAUCCGACAACAGCAUCUUCAACGAGUACUACGGGUCAGUGGUGCAGGACAUGGACAAACCUUUGAACUUUUACUGGAUAGCCUCCUCCCACAACACGUUAUAUCUGACCGGUGACCAGAUAAGGAGUGAGUCAUCGGUGGAUGCCUACACUCGUGUGCUCAGAAUGGGUUGUCGCUGCAUUGAAUUGGACUGUUGGGACGGGCCAUCCAACCAGCCAUACAUCUACCACGGUCACACACUCACGUCUAAAAUUAGAUUUAUGGAUGUAUUGAAGGCCAUCAAAGAAAAUGCCUGGGUUGCCUCUGAAUAUCCUCUUAUAUUAUCGAUCGAGAACCACUGUUCGAUCAGCAACCAGCGAAACAUGGCAAUAGGUUUCAAGGACAUUUUUGGUGAAGACCUACUAAUGGAACCUCUCAACAAUAACAACUCAGCCCUGCCUUCGCCCAACCAGCUAAAAAGGAAAAUCAUCAUCAAGCACAAAAAGUUACCUGAAGGCGAUACGCUGGGCUACGUUAAAACUGAUGAGACCAUUAUGUCGGAAACUGACAUUGCCAACUCAAUAAAGAACGACAUCUUGUACAUGGAGGAUCCCAACGAUAAGAAAUGGUACAGCCACUUUUUCAUGCUCUCGCUGACCCGCCUGCACUACACGGAGCGUACCAAUAGUGAUAACUUCGAGGAAAGCCAGGAUAGCAUGGAUGACGGAAUGGAGGAGGGUAACAAAGAAUUACAUUUCUAUGAGGAGUGGUUCCACAAAAAGUUGCCAGGUGGCAGGCUGGAGGCGGAGAAGCUAUUGAUGGAGUACUCCUAUCUGGGCGAUGGAUUGUUUCUCGUCAGGGAGAGUGACACGUUCGUUGGGGAUUUCAGUUUGUCGUUUUUAUACAAAGGCAAAGCCAACCACUGUCGAAUAAAGUCUCGACACGAUCGAGGUCAAACCAUGUACUACCUGGUAGAGCAGAAACUAUUCAACAGCCUCUACAAUCUCAUCUCACACUACAAGACGAGUCCAUUAAAAAGUCAUGACGUCAAUCAAACGCUGACGCUAGCCGUGCCACAACCGCUCUCACAUGCCGACAAAGAAUGGUACUAUGAUUCUCUGAGUAGAGAGGAGGCUGAAGAUAAACUGAGCAGGAUCCAGGCGGAUGGCGUGUUCCUGGUCAGAAAACGUGUGCCCAAUCAGAGAGAUCCCGAUCCGUCCCAAUAUGCUAUUUCGUUCAGAUCAGAAGGCAAGGUGAAGCACUGCAGAAUAAAGCAAGAGGACAGAUGUUUCAUCAUUGGCAAUGCCCCAUUCGAAUCGUUAGUGGAGUUAGUGAACUAUUACAAGAAGCACCCACUGUACAAGAAGAUGAAGUUGGUGUACGCGGCCACCGAGCAACUCAUUAGGGAAUUAGGAAAUGCCCCAAAUAAAGACUGUAUAUAUCAAUCGAACGAUCUCUACCAAAGCCCCAAUGACAUUGAGUCCAAUCAGUGCAAAGUGAAAGCCUUGUUCGAUUACAAGUGCCAGCGUAAUGACGAGUUGACCUUCUGCAAGAACGCUAUCAUCACUAACGUUCAAAAAGAGGACGGGCACUGGUGGCGUGGAGACCACGGAACUCAGAAGCAAGGGUGGUUUCCGGCCAAUUUCGUAGAGGAAGUGGACGACGAGGACGACGAUAGGAACGACGCGCCACUUGGCAGGCUGCAGCAGGGAUACGUCGACCUUGCUGGCGUCACAGUCGACCGGAUAUCUUCAAAGCGUUCUGUGAACAAUUACUUCAUCUUCCGGAUCAUCAGCCCCAACUCGAGCAAACCCUUGGAGCUGGGAGCGAGGAGUGAGGCGGAGAUGGAGGAAUGGAUUGCUAAGAUCAGAGAAUGUAGCUGGACUGCUGAGAAACAGAUUCAAGAGAUCCACACGAAGGAACGAAGUUUGAACAUAGCGAAAGAAUUUUCAGACCUUAUCGUUUAUUGUCAACCCGUCAAAUAUAGCGAAGAAAAAGUAAUCUCGAAUCGCAUCAACUACUACGAAAUGUUCUCCCUACCGGAAACACGAAUCUUUGAUAAAACUUCGCAAGCCAAUCAGCAAGUCCGAACUUUAGUGCAAGCCAAUAGAAAAUGCCUGACUAGAAUUUACCCCAAAGGUCAGAGGAUAGACUCGUCCAAUUACGAUCCAAUGCCCAUGUGGAAUUCUGGGUGCCACAUGGCAGCCCUCAACUAUCAGACGGGGGAUCGGUCAAUGCAAUUGAACGAGGGUAGAUUUCAAAUGAAUGGUAAGUGUGGCUACGUCCUACAGCCAGACUGCCUAAAAUCCGAUAACUUCAAUCCUUAUGAUUCGAAAUCUCUGCCUAAUAAGUUGCUAACUACCGUAUUCAUAUCUGUACGUUGUUGUUGUUGA